AUGUCUCGUUCGUCAUACGCGCCCUGGGAUUCAGAAUGCAUUCGAGUUCAGAAGGAGUUCGAGACCGUCGCUAAACACUAUAGACAUCAGAUAUUCUUCGCGGCGAUCAACUGUUGGUGGCCGGAAGGUCAGUGCCGGCAGUACUACAACCUCAGGCGAUACCCCGUUCUCUUAGCACACGUGCGAAUGGCCGGCGAAGUGGAGUACAAGGGCCCAGUGGUGGCCAGUUAUAUGAUACCCUUCCUGGACAACCUGCUCGACCCCGUCAUACCCGUGCAAAAUGAGGGCGAUUUGUUGGACCUGAGGGCCAAACAUGACGCCGUAUUGAUUGGUUAUUUCGAUUUCAACGAAUCCCCGCAACCGCCCGGAUAUAAGCAAUUCUUCUCGACAGCAGUCAAAGCCCUGGCGUCUGAUCCGUGGCGCACAGUAUGCUAUUGUGUCAUAUCGAGCCGUAGGGUUGCUGUUAAGCUUUCGUUGGCUAAGACUCAACGACUUACUCUAUUCCUCUGGAACUCCACCGAACACUACGGCACCAAAUCCAUCAAAUCCAACACUAUUUUGAGUUGGGUCUACAGUCGCGUCCAUCAGACACAGACACUCCGAUGGCUGACCCCAUCGGGUGUUAAGAGCAGCGCUCUGUCCGACAUAAUCACCAAAAAUCCGACUUUGGUUUUGUUUACUCCAAGAAGUUUUGUGUUAGGGAUCUCUCCCUACUUUGAUGUCUUGCGAGAAGUGGUUAUGGAUUACUAUAACUGCGAUAACUCACCACUCAUUCGGUCGAUAAUCCACAGAAGUAUUCUUCGCAGACAUCUCUUGGAGGAGAAACUCAUGGAAUUGGAGGAGAAGUGUCACGAAAUGUCUGAACAGAUGGCGGACACAGUGGUGACCAGCGGAUCGGCUAAACGGGUUGUGACGGACUCGGACACGUGCUGUCACUCACAAGUAGUUCGUUGGCGUCCGUCCAGCAAAGCCAGUGACAAGAAGUGCUUUUGUACGUCUUGUGUGCACUUAAGUCUCGCCAAAUGCCCGGCCAAUUGUCACCGAUUCAACUGUUUGGCCACAGCCUCCCGAUUCCUCACCGACUUUGAUCCCAACGAUGCCAACAAUACGGCCGAGUAUUGCAAUGAAAUCAAGUCUUCAUACCAACCAAAGUAUACCUCGUAUUACCGAAUCGUCACCACCUGUUCCGGCACUCAUCCCACGCGCAGUGAAUUGGGCGACAAAUACUUCAUCACCGGUAAUGUGGUCGACGAGAGUUCGUACAAUUUCGACGAAACGGUGGCCAAAAUGGUGGAGCAGUCGGAGCUCCAGCACUGCCAUCGACUGAAUCUGGGCCUCAAAUACAGUGACUUAAACUUUCCGGACUCAGCCGAUGGUCAGGCGGCCCAACACUGGAGGGCCAACUUCACGGGUCUGUCGUGUCGGGCCAACCGAACCCUACGGUUCGCUGCCGUCGACUCCGUUCUGUUUCCGGCGUUCGCCGAGAAUAUCGGAAUCGAUAUCUUCAACGAAACUCACGCCACCGUCGCUGCGAUCGUCGACUCGGCCAACGAGUUGGUCCACGUGUUGGCCAACCCGUUGAGCGGCGACUCCUCGCAGACAAUCAGCAAACGAUCGCUCGUUGAGUUCGUUAAGAACUUCACCGACCGAUCACUUCCACGAUUCCUCAAGAGUGCCUCAAUCGCCACCACUUCGGGCUCGUGUCAAGCGGACGAUACCGGUGCUGAACGUGUGAUAUGUGUUCCCGAACUGAGUAGCGAGUCGUUCGCUCGGGUUGUGUUGGACCCGCACAGGGAUGUUGUGGUCAUGUAUUACGCCCAGUGGUGCGGCUUUUGCUCAACCAUUGCUCACAUAUACCUAGAAGUGGCCCGACUUUUCCAAGACGUCAAAGGCGUGGUGUUUGCGAGAAUCAAUGGUGACACUAAUGACCUCCCCUGGGAGUACACCGUCGACCGAUAUCCAACAAUUAUGUUGUUUCCGGCGAAACGCAAAAUGGAAAGCAUUUCCUUCUCGUCCAACACAUCCAUAACGACCUCCAGUUUAGUGGAGUUCGUGUGGACUCACUCACAGCCCGCGGUCCGCCUCCAGACGUCACUCCAGUUGUGUAACCGUCGGUGUCUUCUCAAUAAUCUUCGCUCGAGUGGACGACACUCACGACAGAUGCGAAGAGCGCUCAACAAUCGACUCAAAGAGUUGUCAUUAGUUCGACAAAAGAUGUCCGAAAUUCAGGGAAUCGGCGCCAAGAAGUUGACGACAAAAAAGUCGUCACAACUCGAAGAACUCAAACGGUUGGCCAACCAUUUGGUCCGUUCCGUGCGUUUCUUAAGACAUAAUGUGGUGAAGAUAUCUGUGUUGCGGGCAUUCAUUUUGGAGCGGAUCCGCAGCUUUGACCGCAAUGUCACCUCUAAUGCCAUUCAAGAGUUUUUGACACUUUUUAAUGAGUCGGUGACCGCCGAUGGAAAGGCUGUCCACAAGACUAAUGACUCGAAAGUAAGCAAAAAAGCGGUAAAACCGAAGAAAAAGACAAAGAAAUACUCGAAAGAAGAGACAAUUCAUACGAAUAAAGACGAGCUUUGAAUACAAAAGCCUUUUUUGAUGAUAAGAGGGAACGGGAGGCCAACCAUUCCCUCCCAUCAGUCCAUCUGAUGCUACAAACGAAUCGCCAAAUUGUGAUGAAAUAGGGUUUUGAUGUAAACUUGAAGUCAAUUUAAAUUAUUGUUUAAAAUUGUAUUUAUAUUUAUAAAUGAAUUAUGUGUUGAUUUGUUAAUAGAAAGUAAAUUUAUUUUUAAUUAAAUCUAAAAACUAA